UGGGGACCGCGCUCCGGGCGCACGAGUCAGCGAGUGCGGCCGGGCCGGGACUGCCCAGUGGGCCUCAACCCCCCAAACCUGGGACGGGGAGCCCCCAGCCCGGCCCGGCUAAAACUCCCCAGGGCGCUCAGAGGAGGAAAGGGAGGGUCCAGCCCGCUCCUUUGGGACCGCACCCGUCCGCCCAGCGUCCUCUGUGUCCUGGCGCUGGGGCAGGUAGCUAGGCUUGGGCCUAUCCUCCGGUUUGUAGUGUCUAAUGCAGGUUACUACUAGAUGCUGAGAACAAUACACAUGCCAAAGAUUUGAUGCUGGCUCUUAAGGAACUAAUUAAUGGUUUGAGAGGAAGUACAAGUUCAUAAACUAUUGUAAUGCAAGAUGGCAGGAUUUCUAUAGUAUAUCUAAUAUGAGUUCCACAUCUUGGCUUCUUAUCCAACUUCAGCAGUCUCAUCACCGGUGGGAGAAUAAAUGGAAUUUGCGUGAAUUCCAGACUGAACUGAAAUAGACUGUCGUAUUAAUAUAUUUUUCUUCUGGUUGUUAUUAACAGAUCCUCAGAAAAUUAAAUGUCGUCAGAAGACCGAGAAGCUCAGGAGGAUGAAUUGCUGGCUCUGGCGAGUAUUUAUGAUGGAGAUGAAUUUAGAAAAGCAGAGUCUGUCCAAGGUGGAGAAACCAGGAUCUAUUUGGAUGUGCCACAAAAUUUCAAGAUAUUUGUGAGCGGCAAUUCAAAUGAGUGUCUCCAGAAUAGUGGCUUUGAAUACACCAUUUGCUUUCUGCCUCCACUUGUGCUGAACUUUGAACUGCCACCAGAUUAUCCAUCCUCUUCCCCACCUUCAUUCACACUUAGUGGCAAAUGGCUGUCACCAACUCAGCUGUCUGCUCUCUGCAAGCACUUAGACAACCUGUGGGAAGAACACCGUGGCAGUGUGGUCCUGUUUGCCUGGAUGCAGUUUCUUAAGGAAGAGACCCUAGGGUACCUGAAUAUAGUCUCUCCUUUUGAGCUCAAGAUGGGUUCUCAGAAAAAAGUGCAGAGAAGGACGGCUCAAGCCUCUGCCAACACAGAGCUAGAUUUUGGAGGUGCUGCUGGAUCUGAUGUAGAUCAAGAGGAGGUUGUGGAUGAGAGAGCUGUGCAGGAUGUGGAAUCAUUGUCAAGUCUGAUCCAGGAAAUCUUGGACUUUGAUCAAGCUCAGCAGAUAAAAUGCUUUAAUAGUAAAUUGUUCCUGUGCAAUAUUUGUUUCUCUGAGAAGCUGGGUAGUGAAUGCAUGUACUUCUUGGAGUGCAGGCAUGUGUACUGCAAAGCCUGUCUGAAGGACUACUUUGAAAUCCAGAUCAGAGACGGCCAAGUUCAAUGCCUCAACUGCCCAGAACCUAAGUGCCCUUCAGUGGCCACUCCUGGUCAGGUCAAAGAGCUAGUGGAAGCAGAGUUAUUUGCCCGUUAUGACCGGCUACUUCUCCAGUCUACCUUGGACCUGAUGGCAGAUGUGGUGUACUGCCCCCGCCCAUGCUGCCAGUUGCCUGUCAUGCAGGAGCCUGGCUGCACCAUGGGCAUCUGUUCCAGCUGCAAUUUUGCCUUCUGUACCUUGUGCAGAUUGACCUACCAUGGCGUCUCUCCAUGUAAGGUGACUGCAGAGAAAUUAAUAGACUUACGAAGUGAGUACCUGCAAGCAGAUGAGGCCAAUAAAAGACUUUUGGAACAGAGGUAUGGUAAGAGGGUGAUUCAGAAGGCACUGGAAGAGAUGGAAAGUAAGGAGUGGCUAAAAAAGAACUCCAAGAGCUGUCCAUGUUGUGAGACUCCCAUAGAGAAACUAGAUGGAUGUAACAAGAUGACAUGUACUGGCUGUAUGCAGUAUUUCUGCUGGAUUUGCAUGGGUUCUCUGUCUAGAGCAAACCCUUAUAAACAUUUCACUGAUCCUGCUUCCCCGUGUUUUAACAGGUUGUUCCAUGCUGUGGAUGUUAAUGGAGAUAUUUGGGAAGAUGAAAUUGAAGACUAGUUAACUCCUACUGCUCAAGAUGUGGAAGUGAAAUGGUUUGCCCUAAUCUUUUGUUGAGUAUACAAAAUAACUUUGCAGGGUAUUAAGGGUACCAUUCACUUACUCUUCCAAUGUAGAAGAUAUGGAAGACAAGUUUUAUAUUUUCACGUGGUACUACUGAUUAAGGCACACUCAUACAUUUUUCAAUGUAACGUAAUUGAGAAAAGUAUAAGCCAAAGGUUCAGAAAAUGGAAACUAGAGAAUAUUAAAUAUUACUAUGUACCCAAAGCUCUGAAUAUUUAAAAAUUAAAUAUUUAUUUUCUUCCCUAAGCUUUAGGUAAGGAGAAAGGUCGAGUUCAACUUAAAGACCAUUUUCUCUCUGAGAAGCAUCCCUCUAAGACAUUCUGUGGGAGUCCCCUCAGUACUAUUCCUUACAGCUGGGGUGGGUAGAAGCCUUAUUAAAAUUGUACCAAGAGCCUGAUCUUAUUUACUCCAUGUUACAUUCCUUCCAACCUAAAUUUCUGUGACGUUAGUUCUCUUUGGAGGGAGCCCUUUACUCUAUAACUGAUUGGACAGCCCAGUGUCAUUUUGGUCUAUUGCUUUUCAAGAUGGAAAUUUAUAGAUAAUUUAAAAAAUAUUUUUUAAUACCACAAACACUAUGGGUCACCCAGUAUUUGUUAUUGGUGUAUAGUCCACUGGUUUUGGGCCGAGUCUGUUAUUUGAAGAUACUAGCUCAGAAGAACUUCAGCCGUGUUUGGCUUUCCUGGGCAGUGGAGCCUGGAUUUAGAACAACUUGUCUUUGCUGGCUUUCAUUCUCUAUUUCCUCCCUUUACCCUCAUGGUGGUAAGGACAAUUUUAAUAUUAACUCCAGCAGCUCACAUUUUUAUUUCCUCUGCUGGAAUAGAGGAAAGCCUGAUGUAUAUUCCCAAGCUGAGCAAGCUGAACGUUCUUUAAUUAUCUGCUUUUUGAACUCCACACUACUGUAGUUUAGUCCUAACUUUCUGAAAUCUUUUUAAAGGUCUUCUCUAAUGAGUUCUGGUAAUUUGGUUUUCCACCCUUUUUUGCAAUAGCACUGUUUGGGGGGAUAAUUUUGGCUUGCCUGGAUCCCUGUUUCUGGGUUUUGUUGGCUUUUUAAAAAAUUCUCUUUCCUUUGAUUUGGUGAGUGGCUUGGUAGCAAAAUUAAUUUAUUUUUAUUUUUUGAAAAAACAGAAGAAUUCAGCUGCAGCUGUGAACAUGUUCUUUUUUUCUACUUUGUCUUUGAAAAUUGAGGAGUCACUUUUGACCAUUUUAUGUGUGUGUAUCCAAAGAGUCAGCAAGGACUGACAUUGUCAAUGAGGAUGCUUAAUCUUAAAAAUAAAAAUAAUUGAAAAAUUGUCUUAUCAUUAGAGCAGAGCUGCUGCUAUGUGUUCUUUCACUAAGGGCUUCUAAAGUCUUAUUUUGGAGGCAUGAGUUAUGAGCUAAUUUUAAGAUGGUGAAAUUUUGGGUAAAGUACUUUUGUCUUUGAAUAAAAUGAAAGAUUGUGGUAACCUCUGAGUGCCCUAGAAAUAAGUUUGGAAAAGGUUGGUAUAUCAAAAACAUAUACGAUAAAAGAAAAAGUUUGUACCUAGCUUAAUUUCAUUAAGGCCUUUUUACAAGUGGGCUGAGAUUUACUGUAAAUUGACAUGAACCUUAUGUGUCCUUUUGGUGGGAGUGAGAGAGCAGAGGGUCCCUUUGCAAACUUCCUAGUUAUUCUGCCCAAAACUAGUUUGAAGAGGCUGUGUCUCUUGAUUAUAUAAAUGGUUUGGGUUUAGAACUGAUAAAUGAAAAAGAGCUACUAAAUCACUUUUUAAGUUAAAAUAAAGGUCUCGCUACUUUUUAAGGGCUUGCCUUUGUCAGUAGAGAUGUGCCUUGUCCCAUUUAACUUUUUAAAAUCUUUUUUUUACAUAAAAUAAAUGUACUUAAAAUACAUAUCCCUUCCAGUUGAGGAGAAGGAUAAUCAUGGAGAAAAGACUUGGCAGCCAUAUUCUCAGAUCUAUAUAGCACUGACAGCAAGGUUAAUUUAGUAGUAGAAGGUUCUAGUUUAUUAGACAUUAAUAUACUAGUUAUUUAUUUUUAAGAGAAAGUUAGAGUUAACCAGAUACGAUAAUCAUAAAGCUAUUUAUGUGGCUGCCAGCUUUAAAAGAGAAUUUAAAAAAUUUGGCAGGAAUUUUGGAGAUCCCACCAGGUAGUAACUUUGUCAUAAGUAUCACCAGCAGGUGGCAGCACUUCCCAUGUUAUUACAAAUGCAGUAAAUGGUUGAGACAUUAUUUCAUUAUAGAAGCAGGUUUAUUUCUGGGAUUUUGAUUUUUUUUUAUUGUGUUUUGUUAUAGUCUUUUAUACACAUUGAUAGGUAGAAAUGGCAUCUAAUGAUACCAGCAAGGUAGGAACAGCAGUAUUACCAAAAACUGUAAGGCCACUUAAAAUUGUACUUGAACCAUAGUUGACAUCUAGUUGUUACAUAUGAAAAUGUCACUCCUGAUAGCAGCAUUUAUCUGCAGCCACUGAAGUAAAGAAAAGAAGUUAUGGCUGAAGCCCCUUAGUAGAAUGGAGAAAUUGUGACACUGGUACUCUCUGGUAAGAGUAGCCAAAUAGUCUGCUCCCUGAACUUUUGCUCAAUAAAAAAUUGGCCAGCAGACCAGGCUGAGGGUUUGUAGUCAGAAGGUUGGCUUUGAGGAUAUUCUUAAAUGUUUAUGAUAAUUAUCAACUUUCAGCACCCAUAGUCUAGUCUUUGCCCAGUUACUCAGGUUACCUAAAGAUUUACCACUCUAAGGAUUCCUGUGUUUCUCUGAGUCAGAGGAUGCUUUGGAGAAGACUAUGCACAUUGAAAACUUAGAUUCUGAUAUCAUAGUUGCUAAGUACAAAAUCAGCACUGUUCUUUUCCUUGCUUGGCUUUCUCUUUUUUUUCCUUCAUUGAAUCAACAAACUGAUAUUAAUACAACAUAAAUGCAUAUAAAUUUAAAAGGUGAUUGUCUUAACUCAAUUCCAUUCCACCUUUUGCAACCUGUCGUGUUUCCUUCAUUAAAGAGUAUUCAUUCACUAAUUUAACAUAUUUAUUGGGCAUCUCACAAUAGGCCUUACUGUAUGUGCUGAGAGUGUAGCAAUGAAUAAAACAGUCAUAAAUC